AAAUAAGACCUAUAACACAGACAUGAAAACAAAAUAAAAAGAAGACAAAGUCUGUUUUUUUUGUAUCCUCGUCGUCGUUUGGUCGUGUCUGGAGACUAGAACCGGCGAACGAAGAACAAACUUUGAAUCUAAUUUCCAAAAACAACACAGAAGAAGAAGAUAGAGAUAGAGGUAGAGAGAUAGAGAAGGAGAGACAAUGGCGUUUACAGGAACAUUGGACAAAUGCAAGGCCUGUGACAAAACCGUUUACGUUAUGGAUUUGUUGACAUUAGAGGGUAAUACUUAUCACAAAUCAUGCUUCAGAUGCAGCCAUUGCAAUGGCACUCUCGUGAUAAGCAACUACUCAUCAAUGGACGGAGUUCUUUACUGUAAGCCUCACUUCGAACAGCUUUUCAAAGAAUCUGGAAAUUUCAGCAAGAAUUUUCAGACAGCAGGAAAGACCGAGAAGCCAAAUGAUCAUCUGACUCGAGCUCCAAGCAAGCUAUCGUCAUUCUUCAGUGGAACACAAGACAAAUGUGCGACUUGUCACAAAACCGUUUAUCCACUUGAGAAAGUAACAAUGGAAGGAGAAAGUUACCACAAGACUUGUUUCAGGUGCACACACAGUGGUUGUCCAUUGACUCAUUCUUCUUACGCGUCUCUUAAUGGCGUCCUCUACUGUAAAGUCCAUUUCAAUCAGCUCUUUCUAGAGAAAGGAAGUUACAAUCACGUCCAUCAAGCCGCCGCUAACCACCGUCGAUCCGCCUCUUCUGGUGGCUCUUCUCCGCCUUCUGAUGAUCACAAACCUAAAGAGAACUCCACAAUUCCCGAGGGAGAAGGAGGAGGAGAAGAAGAAGCCCCAGAAGCUGCCGCAGGAGAAGAGCCUGAGCCUGUUGUUGAGUCUUGAAUGUGGUGGAGGAACGAUCUUAUCAGCUAUAUCAUGUUCGAAGCUUUAUAUACUUUUCUGUUUCAAUGAAUAUUUGUAUACAAUUUGUUGCUGUUUCUUUUUGUACAUUUUUUUAA